AGGAGCAUGCAUGCAGCCUGCAAGUUCCCUCACCAUCUUACGGAUAUUUUUAUACUCAUUUUUAUAUUUUUUCCAGUAAAGUUUUGGAACAAGAAAUAUUAUUAUUUUUUGCGCAUGUGGAUGUAAGUUUUGUGAUUAUUUGUGUUUAUGCUGGAUAAAAGUUUUUUUUUUUUUUGGUUUGUUAGUUUUUUUGGGAGUUUUUUUCCCCCCCUGGAGAAUGCUGACGGGACUGUGCGGUUUGUUCUACCUGCUCAGCUCGGUUCUGAGCCAGGACGCCACAGGUAGCCGCUUCGUCUGCAACGCCAUCCCGCCGGGCGCGGAGCCGGGCUGCGGCGUCGACGCUCCGACGGGCAACCGCUUGCAGAUCAGCAGCCCCGCGGAGGAGGAGCUGCGCAACACCAUCAUCCAGCUCCGGGAGACCAUCCUGCAGCAGAAGGAGACCAUCGUGAGCCAGCAGGGGACCAUCAAGGAGCUCAACUCCAAGCUGGCGCGUUGCGAGGCGGCGGCGGCGGCGGCGGCGGACGACUCGUCGCAGCAAAGCAAAGCGCGGGGUCAGGGCUCCCGGAGGAAGGAGUCAGGCAAGAACACCAUGGGGGACUUGCCCAGGGACCCCGGCGAGUCUAUCAGCCAGCUUGGCAAGACCAUGCAGAGCCUGAAAGGUCGCUUGGAGAGCCUGGAGCAGCAGAGUUUGCAGCUCCCCGGCCCGAACGCGUCGGCCGGAGGCGUCUCCGCCCUGACGCCCCUGCCGCCCGAGCUGCGGGACCUGCUCCGGCAGCGUCUGGGGGCGCUGGAGACGCAGCUCCUGCGCAAGGUGGCGGAGUUGGAGGAGGAGAAGAGCCAGCUCUACAACGAAACGGCGGCCCAUCGCCAACGCACCGAGAAUGCUCUCAAUUCUCUCCUGGAGAGGAUCACGGAGCUGGAGAAAAAUAACAACGCCUUCAAGUCGCCUGAGGAUUUCAAAGUGUCCCUGUCCCUGCGCACCAACUACCUGUACGGCCGCAUCAAGAAGAGCCUCCCAGAAAUGUACGCCUUCACCGUCUGCAUGUGGCUCAAGUCCAGCGCCAGUCCGGGCAUAGGGACCCCCUUCUCUUACGGAGUGCCGGGGCAGGCUAACGAGAUCGUGCUGAUCGAAUGGGGGAACAACCCCAUCGAGCUGCUGGUUAACGACAAGGUGGCCCAGCUUCCUCUUUCCGUGAGUGACGGGCGCUGGCACCACAUCUGCAUCACCUGGACGACCAGAGAUGGCUUCUGGGAGGCUUACCAGGAUGGGGAGCGACUCGGCACCGGGGACAAUCUGGCCCCCUGGCACCCAAUUAAAUCAGGAGGGGUGAUUAUUCUGGGCCAGGAGCAGGAUAUAGUCGGCGGCCGCUUCGACGCCACCCAGGCCUUCGUCGGCGAGAUGAGUCAGUUCAACAUGUGGGACCGGGUUCUGCGGCCCGUGGACAUCGUGGGCCUGGCCAACUGCUCGGCGUACAUGCCGGGCAACGUGGUGCCCUGGAUAGACGCCAACGUGGAAGUGUUUGGGGGCGCCACCAAAGCUCCGCUGGAGAUAUGCGAGGACCGUGCGUUUGAUUCCUAGAGACGGAAGGAAUCGUCAUCGCCAUCCAAAAAAAAAAAAAAAAAAGCCAAGUAUUCUCCAUUGUGUGCAAAGACCCCCCACAGUUAGGGGUACAUGCAUAUUGAUAUUGUGUGGUUACUCAAAAGAUUCUCAUGUGUUGGCUUGAAACGUGUGUCCGGUCCAGACGACUUCACGAGUGACCACGUGACUUUCUGUGUUCCUCGACUCGACGUCUUUUCUGCAAACAGCUCGUUCCUCGUGCAUUCGUAACCGCUGAACUCCGACAGGCUUUGAUGUUUUUGCCGAACAUCACGGCGGAAUGCUGCGAGCUUCCUCUCUGUUUGAAGGCUCAGGAGUCGGCGACAUCGAUUGUAGACGCGCCGCAACGUCCAUAUUUCAUGCAUGAGCGCCGGUUUUGGGGGAAGACACGUGCACGCCUUCUUUCAGUCCGUGCGCGGAGAUUACAUAAGCAAGUGUCUUGCGUGUUGAAAAGACCAGAGAUUACUAUUGGGGAGGGGAGGACAUUUUUUCCAUUCUUGUAAAUCUACGCUUAAUACCUCUCUGCCCCUUGAGCAGCUGCCAUAUCCCAAACAGCUUUAUGCAGACGCUUCUGCUCAGGUUAAUAGCCGCGGCGGACAGCUGCCCAGAAGCGGCUAAAAUCGAGCAGUGGCCGAUUUCCCGAACGAGGAAAGCCGAGGGGAUUGACCCCAAAAGCCUAUCCGCAAUUCCUCCUCCAUGAAGUAAUUAUGUAUACGCUACAAGGGGCUCUGUGGGUAUGAGCGGCCAAUGAGUCAGAAUAGAUUUCAUCUGCGUUUCCAAUGAGAGCAACACGACAAGGACAUGCAGUCGUGGUCAAAAGUUGACAUCCACUUGUAAAGAACUUAACGUUAUGCCUUGUCUUGAGUUUCCAAUCAAUCAAUCAAUCAAUGUUUAUUUAUAUAGCCCCAAAUCACAAAUGUCUCAAAGGACUGCACAAAUCAUUACGACUACAACAUCCUCGGAAGAACCCACAAAAGGGCAAGGAAAACUCACACCCAGUGGGCAGGGAGAAUUCGCAUCCAGUGGGACGCCAGUGACAAUGCUGACUAUGAGAAACCUUGGAGAGGACCUCAGAUGUGGGCAACCCCCCCCCCUCUAGGGGACCGAAAGCAAUGGAUGUUCAUGUUCAUAGUUCUGCUUUAGACUCCAUCAGUUCCUGUUUUUGCGCACCCUGGUUUGUUUUAGUUUCCAUGACAACCUUUAGUUUCACCUCCCUCAUUUGUUUGAACUCACGCACCUGUUGUUAAUCAUGUCACUAUCAUUUAAGCCUGUAGUUGCCAGGUAGUCGAUCUGGUGACAUACUCUAAUGACAUCAUUUAUCUCUUGCUCUGCCCAUGUUGGAUCUCUUGUGUUCAUUCGGUCCGUGCCAUAGUUCUCGUGACCGU